GUUCCACAGUGACAUUUUUUAUAUAUUUUUUCAAAUCAUUUCAGUGGAAGAGGUGAAAAACCGUUGGCGGAGCUGUAGAGACCAGUUCCGCAAGGAAAUGGUCCAUAGCCACAGUGGAUCUGGCCUCUCCAAGAAGCGGCCCUAUAUGUUUAAAGAACAACUUAUGUUUCUACGCGACAUUAUGGAUCUUCGUCCAACGGAGGACAACCUUGAGGAGGAAGUGGAGGAGACAGUGGAGCACCACUCCAGUGCCGGAGAUGUAGAAGGCCCAUCGUCACCAUCUGCUACCGAAGAGGGACAAGGGACCUCCACAAGGCCUUCCCAAGCAACCGCUCCCCCCACUUCGGAAGUGGAGGCUUCCUUGGCCGGACAGUCACGGUGCAAAAGAUCCGCCCAGCCUGGUGACACUUUGGUCAAUGUACAGGUACUUGAGUACCUUAAUAGGGCCAGGCAUGAGGACACUUAUGACCUCUAUGCCAGGAGUCUAGCCGCACAUUUCCGUAACUUGACUCCAGAACGUUACUUUCGGGUACAAACGGUCAUCAGUACCGUUCUGGAGGCAUGCACGCCGCCAAACGAUCCCUCGGAUAUAUUUACGGCCAGCGAUAAUUGGCGGAUGUAUGGCAACACAAGUGGGCCAGUCCAACGUCCCCCUCCGUCAGUGUUCCCACCCCACCAAGAAUAUCCGCCACAUCACGGGCGUCACUAUUUUCCCCCACCUCCCCAUUAUGGCCCAUCCUAUAGUGGGGAAGCCACUUACCACCCACCUUGACCCUCUGCCUCC